CGAGGCUGACGGGUGAAGCGCCCGCCGCGGCAGGGCCGCUCCAACCCCCUCCUCCUUUUCGAUCCCGCUCCCCUCCUUCCCUCCCCUUGCUCCCAGCCCCUCCCCUGCCGCCCCUCCCUCCCUCCUUCGGUUCCCCCGGUCUCCUCCCAGCUCUCACCCGCGCGCCGGGUCGGGAGCUAGUUGGAGCGCGGGGGCUGCUGCCAGAGCCCAGCUCCGCGGAGCCGGGCGGGUCGGCCGCGCGUCCGGCGGCUGCUGGAGGAGCCCCCAAGCGCUGCGGGCGCCGACCCGGGUCUGGACUGCACGCGAGCGCCGAGCCGAGGGCCAGGGACCGUUACUGCGCGGCCGCCCCAUUCCCAGACGGGCCGUCAGCCCUCCUGGUUCGCCUCUGCCGCUCUUCGUCGCCGGGAGCCACCGGGAACCGGGCACCUGCGCCCGCAGCCCGGAGGAAGAGCCUUGCCAGCCAGAAUGAUCAGCCUCACCCUGGUCCUGAAGCUGUCCGGGGAAGGUGGGAUUUUAUGCACCACUGCCCUGCCCAGUGCCCGACACUCCUGGAGACAGAGACCUCCCUUGGGCCCUUCGCAUCCACACUGCAGUCUUCCCCCAGCCUGCCUCUGAGAGCCAGGACUGCAGAGGGGCCUACCAUGGUGUUCCUGGGACCCCCGGCUGCCACCCUGUUGCUGCCCAGCCUCACACUGCUGGUGUUCCACCUCUCCAGCUCCCAAGAUGUCGCCAGUGAACCCAGCAGUGAGCAGCAGCUGUGCACCCUGAGGGAGCACCCCACCGUGGCCUUUGCAGAUCUGAAGCCUUGGGUCUCUAACUUCACCUACCCUGGAGCCCGAGAUUUCUCCCAGCUCGCUCUAGAUCCCUCCAGGAACCAGCUCAUCGUGGGAGCCAGGAAUUAUCUCUUCAGACUCAGCCUUGCCAAUGUCUCCCUCCUUCAGGCCACAGAGUGGGCCUCCAACGAGGACACACGCCGCUCCUGCCAAAGCAAAGGGAAGACUGAGGAGGAGUGUCAGAACUACGUGCGAGUCCUGAUUGUCGCCGGCCGGAAAGUGUUCCUGUGUGGGACCAACGCCUUCUCCCCGGUGUGCUCCAGCAGACAGGUGGGGAACCUCAGCCGGACUGUGGAGAAGAUCAACGGUGUGGCCCGCUGCCCCUAUGACCCGCGCCACAACUCCACCGCUGUCGUCUCCUCCCAGGGGGAGCUCUAUGCAGCCACGGUCAUCGACUUCUCAGGCCGGGACCCUGCCAUCUACCGCAGCCUGGGUAGUGGGCCACCACUUCGCACUGCCCAGUAUAACUCCAAGUGGCUCAAUGAACCAAACUUUGUGGCGGCCUAUGAUAUUGGGCUGUUUGCAUACUUCUUCCUGCGGGAGAACGCCGUGGAGCAUGACUGUGGGCGCACCGUGUAUUCUCGGGUGGCCCGAGUGUGCAAGAAUGACGUGGGGGGCCGCUUCCUGCUGGAGGACACAUGGACCACAUUCAUGAAGGCCCGGCUCAACUGCUCCCGCCCUGGCGAGGUCCCCUUCUACUACAACGAGCUGCAGAGUGCCUUCCACCUGCCCGAGCAGGACCUCAUCUACGGGGUCUUCACCACCAACGUAAACAGCAUCGCUGCCUCUGCUGUGUGCGCCUUCAACCUCAGUGCCAUCUCCCAGGCUUUCAAUGGCCCAUUUCGCUACCAGGAGAACCCCAGGGCUGCCUGGCUCCCCAUCGCCAACCCUAUCCCCAAUUUCCAGUGCGGCACCCUGCCUGAGGUGGGCCCCAACGGGAACCUGACGGAGCGCAGCCUGCAGGACGCGCAGCGCCUGUUCCUGAUGAGCGAGGCAGUGCAGCCAGUGACACCCGAGCCCUGCGUCACGCAGGACAGCGUGCGCUUCUCACACCUCGUGGUGGACCUUGUGCAGGCCAAAGACACGCUCUACCACGUGCUCUACAUAGGCACAGAGUCGGGCACCAUCCUGAAGGCCUUGUCCACGACGAGCCGCAGCCUCCGCGGCUGCUACCUGGAGGAACUGCAAGUGCUGCCCCCCGGGCGCCGCGCGCCCCUGCGCAGUCUGCGCAUCCUGCACAGCGCCCGCGCGCUCUUCGUGGGGCUGAGCGACGGCGUGCUGCGUGUCCCGCUGGAGCGGUGCACCGCCUACCGCAGCCAGGGGGCAUGCCUGGGGUCCCGGGACCCAUACUGCGGCUGGGACGGGAAGCAGCAGCGUUGCAGCUCACUUGAGGACAGCUCCAACAUGAGCCUCUGGACCCAGAGCAUCACAGCAUGUCCUGUGCGGAAUGUGACUCAGGAUGGGGCCUUUGGCCAGUGGUCACCAUGGCAACCAUGUGACCACUUAGAUGGGGACGACUCAGGCUCUUGCCUGUGUCGGGCGCGAGCCUGCGACUCGCCCCGACCCCGCUGUGGGGGCCGAGAUUGCCUGGGGCCAGCCAUCCACAUUGCCAACUGUUCCAGGAAUGGGGCAUGGACCCCGUGGUCAUCGUGGGCCCUGUGCAGCACCUCCUGUGGGAUUGGAUUCCAGGUCCGCCAGCGAAAUUGCAACAACCCUGCUCCCCGUCAUGGGGGCCGCAUCUGCGUGGGCAAGAGCCGGGAGGAGCGGUUCUGUAACGAGAACACACCGUGUCCCGUGCCCAUCUUCUGGGCGUCCUGGGGCUCCUGGAGCAAGUGCAGCAGCAACUGUGGAGGCGGCGUGCAGUCGCGGCGUCGAGCCUGUGAGAACGGCAACUCCUGCCCCGGCUGCGGCGUGGAGUUCAAGACGUGCAACCCAGAGGGCUGCCCCGAGGUGCGGCGCAACACGCCGUGGACACCGUGGCUGCCGGUGAACGUGACUCAGGGCGGGGCGCGGCAGGAGCAGCGCUUCCGCUUCACGUGCCGCGCGCCCCUGCCCGACCCCCACGGCCUGCAGUUUGGCAGGAGGCGGACCGAGACCAGAACCUGCCCAGCGGACGGCUCGGGAGCCUGCGACACAGACGCCCUGGUGGAGGAUCUCCUGCGCAACGGGGUCACCUCCCCGCACACAGUGAGUGGGGGCUGGGCGGCCUGGGUCCCGUGGUCGUCCUGCUCCCGCGACUGCGAGCUGGGUUUCCGCUUCCGCAAGAGAACGUGCACCAACCCGGAGCCCCGCAACGGUGGCCUGCCCUGCGUGGGCGACGCCAAUGAGUACCAGGAUUGCAACCCCCAGGCCUGUCCAGUGCGGGGUGCCUGGUCCUGCUGGACGUCAUGGUCCCCAUGCUCAGCCUCCUGUGGUGGCGGCCACUACCAACGCACACGGUCCUGUACCAGCCCCGCACCCUCCCCAGGCGAGGAUAUCUGUCUUGGGCUGCACACGGAGGAGGCACUGUGUGCCACACAGGCCUGCCCAGAAGGCUGGUCGCCGUGGUCUGAGUGGAGUUCAUGUGCCGAGGACGGAGUCCAAAGCCGCAGCCGGCGCUGUGAGGAGCUCGUCCCAGGGCCCAGCACUUGUGCUGGGAACGGCAGCCAGAGCCGCCCCUGCCCCUACAGUGAGAUUCCCGUGAUCUUGCCUGCCUCCAGCGUGGAGGAGGUGACUGGCUGUGGAGGGUUCAGUCUCAUUCACCUGGUAGCCACGGGUGUCUCCUGCUUCCUGGGGUCUGGGCUGCUCACCUUGGUGGUGUACCUGUCUUGCCAGCACUGCCAGCGCCAGUCUCAGGAAUCCACACUCGUCCAUCCUGCCACUCCCAACCACCUGCACUACAAGGGUGGGGGCACCCCCAAGAACGAGAAGUACACACCCAUGGAGUUCAAGACCCUGAACAAGAAUAACCUGAUUCCUGAUGACAGAGCCAACUUCUACCCACUGCAGCAGACCAAUGUGUACACAACCACCUACUACCCAAGCCCACUGAACAAACACAGCUUCCGGCCCGAGGCCUCACCUGGACAACGGUGCUUCCCCAACAGCUGAUACCACCGUCCUGGGGACUUGGCUCCUUGGCUUCUGAGGCACAGAACAGGUGGAGCUGGGACAGUGGAGCCAGUUCAGUGUCCUCCCUCUGCACUAGGCCAGGAACUUGCUGCCUGGCCUUGUGGGGGUCCCAUCUGGUUUGAGACAGCUCUCGUUGACAGUGACCAUGGGGGAGAGGGCUGGCCUUGGGCUGGCACAGCUGGGCCUCUCAUGGCUUCCUUGUGACCCACCACCAUGCUGGUCUCCCCUGCCAUGUCUGCACUCUGGACCUAAAGGCCGUGUGAGCAGUUGGAGAGUGGAGAUGACAGAAAGGCAGACUCUUAGGUUUGGGUUGGAAAUGGUGGCCUGUGUGGCCAUCACAAGCCAAGUCUGCCUCUCUCUGGCUGGCCCCAGGAAGGGCCUGGCUACAUCCUGAUUAUCUCUGAAAGCUACUAAUCAAAUGGCCCUGGUAGCUCUGGAUUCUCUGCCCAGGGCUGAGCCAUUGUGAUGCUGCCCCAGUGUGGCAUGGGGACCAAGCUUGGCCCAGGUCUCUGCCUUUGCCUAGCAGUCUGUACUUUGCCCAGGGACAUCCCUGUGGUCAGAGGUGGUGAGGACUGGGGACUGGAAACUGAUCUUUGCUGAGAAGCCCUUUAAUCUGGGCUGGCACAGGCAGCUUUGCCUGAAAGGUGGCCCAGGAUAAAGGGAGGCAGAAGUCCAGCUUCCAAGCUGCUGUGGAGGCUGUCUUCUAUGUGCUGCUCAACAUAGCUGUUGGCUGAGAUCUGCUUGGGAGUCUCUGCUGGCCUCUCAUCUGUUCAGGAGUGCACGUACACACGCAAUGCCAUCUGCUACAGCAGCAAGAGGGAUGUCGGGCUGUGGCAUUAUUAAUUAAAAAUGAUAACCAGUCUCCAAAUGUAACGUUGUCUUCAUGCCUGUGUGUGUGGGCUCCUCUUGGCAUGGCCUAAUCAAUCAGAGUGAUGCCUGAGAGGUGCUAGAUGGUCUUCUCAGGCUGGAGGAAAUGGUCCGAGUAGGGUUGACUUGAAUAGUGGGUGUCUUUCCAUUUGUGAGUAUAUGUACACACAUGUUGCCGUAAACCCUUUUUGGGAAAGAGAUUAGGAGCAAAUUCACAAGUAAGGACACAGGAUACACCAAAGGCAUCAUCGCAGGAGAGGUUUCUGUCUGUUCCCUUAGCACCCUGCCAGGCAACAGCUCCAAAGGGGAAAAGUGUGAGUCCAGAGCAGAUGAUUGAUGAGGGUUAUUUUAUGAGGUAUUUACAAUGCUGAAUUUAAUAAAACCAAAAUUGAUUGAGAAAUGAGUAAACCUGUGAGGUGGGGGAAGCCCAGUAUAGUUUUUCCGGGAUUAAAUAAAGAUAACCUUGAAGCCUCAACCCACCAAAUCAGUGCUACCAUUUGGGAGGAGAUUGAUGGGCAUGUUAAAUUUAGAGAGCAAUUUCCUGGCUCAAUUGAGUAGAUCAAUUCUCAUAGGAUUCCUAACAAAAUCUCAUAGGUCAGGCUGCAUAGCCUGUGAUCCUGCUGGUGAGGAGGAGGAAAAGCACAUUUCCCCCUCCCCACCCCAUGUGUCCGGAGUCCCUGGUUCUUACUGGGACAACUGAGAUGGCAGUGUCCUCAGGCCAGCAUGGAGCCCAGUCAGAGAGAGCUCAGGGGACACAGGAGAAUUUCCACAGCUAGGUGCCUGUUAGCCUUAUAUGAGUCCAGAGCUUGUGGGGGGAUGUGGAGGUAUGUUAGAUCUUGGGGUCUCUGAUGCUCUAAGAUCUGGGAGAGCCAGAGAAGUUACAGGGAAUUCGAGGGCCUAGGGUGCCUGCUUCACAAGGGCCGCUAAUGUAUGUCCAAGGGGAAAGACUAGCCAGGUCUGUACGAAGCAGUAAUGGAGAGUUUCCAGGUAAUGCCCACUCCCUGUUGACUAGAAUGGCAUCUGCAGGAAAGGAAAGCUGUGGAUACCAUGGCAAAAUACCACACACAUACACAGAAUUGUCUUGAUAAAAAUGGUUGCUCUGGAGGCAUGACCGCUUGGAAGUAUGAAGGAAUCUAUGCUGCAUGAAGGUUAGCUUGCAUGAUUAGCAAAGGCUGCUCCCAAACCAGGGCUGGCCCAGAGAUGAGGAAGCUCUGGCAGGUGCUUGAGGCCCCAUGGAUGAGUGCAUGGUGUCCGGAAGCUGUGGUGUGGAAGACAAGACUCUGCAGGAAGGUGCAGGCCUCCUUGGGUCUUCCUGUCUUAGAUUGCUGUGCAUGUGUGUGUAUUUCCUUACUAAAGUAAUAAGUUUCCACUGCAGAAAUUUUACAGGAUACAGGAAACCAAAAAUGCAAUCACAGUUAUAUUAAAAACGAAAGCUCUUUCACUAUUUUCAAUAAAACUACUAUGUAUCUGUAAUCUCAUAACACGUGAAGAUGGAAGCAAAGGAAGGAACAACAGUCAUCCAAUGGAGUGGAUCCAGGUCAAACCUAAGCACUCAAGCAAUUUUAGAAAGAACCAGAAAUUGGAGGAACAAAAUAUCAAGGAGGGUGGAGUUAAGGUGGGAGCCUGAAAAUGAGGGGUUGGUUGAAAACCUGUGUGUUAAGCUUCGGCUAGACCCUCAGGUAGUCUUCACUCUCCACACUGAAGCUAGGCCAUCACUCCUCUGUCUCCCCUGAAGGCAAGAAGUAUGUUCCCUCGAAAUUAAAUCAGAGAGGCCCUGGACAUGGGGAUUACCAGCCGCAGAGGUGGUGUGCGCUGGCAGCCUAUUUGGAUGACUAGGGAGCUUAGACACAGACCCCGUGAUUAUCAGGGUUAUUUAAUAGCUGCCUUGUCCAGCUGACUGUAAGACUGGAGCAGCCAGAUUUCUCUCCAUCUUUUUACUUUUUUCUGCUGUCAUAUUUUCUAAUUUCUAAGAGCUUUAAUUUGUUCUUUUAUUGCAUCCUAUUCUUAAUUCAUGAGUACAACAUCUUCGCUGAUUCUGAAGAAUUAUGCUGUCUUUGAAACGCUCUUCUCUGUAUAUACUGUCUCUUUUCACUGAGUUCCUCUUUUUCUGUUUACUUGUUUUGGUCCAUCUUUCAUGUUGGUGCCUUUUCUCUGAUGUCUGUGAUCCUUAUCUGCCCAUUCCUGCUUAAUAGUGAAGCGCUAGACUUGGUGAUGGGGGAAGUCUAGUAACCAUAAUGUCGCUCAUGUAAUUGUAGAUUAAUGAUACUGAAAAAAAAAAGUGAAGCACUAGAAGCUGCCUUCAAGCUCUGUCAAUUGGACACUUGGGCACUGCUUCUUAAUGAGCAAACUUCACUGUGGGUCUGUUGCACAGAUGACUAGCUGGCUUAUCUGUUCAGAAUCCCUAGGUUUGGUUUGUUUUUUCAAAGAAUCAUCUUGCAAUCUCCUGCCUGGUAACAACAUGCCCCCUCCCUUGAAUAAGAGAAAGUUCAGUUUUUACAUAUUUCAUUCGUUUAUACCACUAAAAAGGAUUACUUUGCAAAAGUUUGCUUAAUAGUUGAGAAAUCCUGACCUAAAAUAUUUCUAUUAUGUAUUCUAUUUCUAUUAUAUACAUUUACUCUAAUCUUAUAAAAAUUUG